GCAGGGCGGCCAGCUGAUCUCCGAUCCUCCUCCUCGGAGCGGAUUACGGCCGCAGCUCUGCGUCUCCUCCGCUCCAUCAGCAGCUGAUCCGGGGGAACAAAGGCAGCCAGAACCGCGCAGCGCCAUGGACUUCAACGUGAAGAAGCUGGCCUCCGAUGCGGGGGUGUUCUUCACCCGGGCCGUGCAGUUCACAGAGGAGAAACUGGGCCAGGCUGAGAAGACCGAACUGGACCCUCACCUGGAGAACCUGCUGGCCAAAGCCGACUCCACCAAGAACUGGACCGAGAAGAUCCUGAGACAGACGGAGGUUCUGCUGCAGCCCAACCCAAUCGAUCACACAGGCGCUCGGAUCGAGGAGUACAUCUACGACAAGCUGGACCGGAAGCUUCCGUCCAGAACCACCAACGCCGAACUGCUGGGCCAGUUCAUGCUGGACGCCGCCAAGGAGUUCGGAGCCGACACCCCGUAUGGUACCACCCUCAUCACGGUGGGAGAGUACCAGAGGAAGCUGGGCGGAGCCGAGCGGGAGUUCCUCCACACGGCCGCCGUCACCUUCCUGUCGCCGCUGCGCAACUUCCUGGAGGGAGACUGGAGGACCAUCUCUAAGGAGCGGCGGCUCCUGGAGAACCGGCGUUUGGACCUGGACAUCUGCAAAGCCCGUCUGAAGAAAGCCAAGCAGGCCGAAGCCAAGGCAGCGGCGACUCCAGACUUCCAGGAGACGCGGCCGAGGAACUACGUCCUGUCGGCCAGCGCGUCGGCGCUGCUGAGCGAGGAAGUGGACAAGGCGGAGCUGGAGCUGCGUGUGGCCCAGACCGAGUUCGACCGGCAGGCGGAGGUGACCCGGCUGCUGCUGGAGGGAAUCAGCAGCACACAUCUGAACCACCUCAGGUGUCUGCAGGACUUUGCGGAGGCUCAGGCCACGUACUUCGCUCAGUGUCAUCACUACAUGCAGGACCUGCAGAGGGAGCUGAACAGAUGUGCGAACUCAGCCGUCGGCCCCCCGCUGCCCUCCGGCCCCGACCCGGUUCCGACCGCCUUCCCGUCCGGCCGCCUGUCUCCCGGCGCCUCGGGCUCCAGGAAGGCCAAGGUUCUGUACGACUACGACGCUCACGACGCCAGAGAACUGUCCCUGCUGGCCGACGAGGUCAUCACUGUCUACACGGUACCAGGAAUGGAUCCUGAUUGGCUGGUUGGAGAGCGGGGCAACGAGAAAGGCAAAGUACCUGUGACCUACCUGGAGCUGCUAAGCUAAUGGACCGUUAGCAUUCUGUCUGAUGAAACAUGUGAACCCUCUGGUAGACUCAGUUCAGUUUCAGAUUCAGUUCAGUUUCAGAUUUAGUUCAGAUUCAGUUCAGAUUCAGUUCAGAUUCGGUUCAGAUUUAGUUCAGAUUCAGUUCAGACUUAGUUCAGAUUCGGUUCAGAUUCAGUUCAGAUUUAGUUCAGAUUUAGUUCAGAUUCAGUUCAGAUUCAGUUCAGAUUCAGUUCAGACUUAGUUCAGAUUCAGUUCAGAUUCAGUUCAGAUUUAGUUCAGAUUUAGUUCAGAUUUAGUUCAGAUUCAGUUCAGACUUAGUUCAGAUUUAGUUCAGAUUCAGUUCAGACUUAGUUCAGAUUCAGUUCAGAUUCAGUUCAGAUUCGGUUCAGGGAUUUUUAUCCGACACCUUUCCUUGGAGAAAAACCAGAAACGUUUUAGCGAUGCUCUCAGAUGAAACCAGGAAAGUUUCCUGGAAUCUGAUCUGGUUCAUUAAAUCACACCAACGUGUAUUUGGGCCCCAUAUGGUUUCUUCUCAGGUCCGAUGGGUUCGAAGUGGAUCUGGGCUCAAAAUGGCUUAAUGUUUGGGACCCAGUUGGGUCAUUAACAUUUUUUAAAGAGCCAUUAUGGGUCCCAGUUUACCCAUCGGUCUCCUGCAUCAGACCCACAGAGGCCAUUAAAACCAACCCGUUAUGCAACCAGUGGUCAGUACCGUAUGGGGCCCAUUUCUCAGUCAUUUUAUACGUAAACGCUCGUGGCAUUAUGAUGCGUUUUGGUUUUAUCUCUGAAGUUUGAGCCCCUAUGUGGGAAAACUCACCAGUUACAACCAGUAAGCUAAUUGUUUUGGUGCUAACGGCUACUAGCAAAGCAGGAUGAAAACAUUUCCCUCCAUUUUAUUCAUUCUGACACUGACGGGAAUGUUUAGCUCAAACCAUCAGAGCUGCUUGCAAACUGGAUUUCAGCUACAUUGAUGUGCAGCAGCCAUCUUGGAUUCUGAACAUACGGCUGUUUACAGAACUUUAAAUUUCCCAGUUUUAAUUCCAACUUUGGGUUUUUCCUCCAUAAGAAGCUUCAUUUCCUUCAUACUGUAAAGUUUCAGUAAACAUUUCUGACACCCGAGUUUUAAAAAAUCACCUGAAAAAUACCAAGAAGUUCGGAAAGUUUGUUUUUUUUACCAGUUGUAGCCUCAAAAUUCAAAAUGGCUGCCUUGAGUCUAGACAGUCUGCAAGUUGGAAAACAUUUAUUUAACUUUCUGAUUAGCUGAAGCUCAAUGGGUCAAUAUCUCACCUGAUACACUCAAAAUCAUCUUGUUUACGCGCUUCAUCAGUGUCUGGAUGAUCACCUGCUGAGAGAUUAAUCGCUAUUAGCUUCUAUUAGCAGUUAGCAUCGUAACACAAAAUUAGCAAGACUUAAUGGUUUUCUGGAUUGUAGUUGAUUAAGUCUAAUUUGGUGAAGGUUUGAGCUACUUAGCAGCUGCUGAUUGGUUCAGAAGACAGAAACAUGAAGAAUCACAAGCUAAGUCAGGGAGCUAAUGCUAAAGACGCUAGCAUUGCACUUAUUUAUAGUUCUGUUUUGUACCAUUUUUUUUUUUACUGAAUUAUUUCAUUAUUGUAGCAUAUUUGUGUUGGUGUUUGUUUGCACAACAUGUCAACAGAGACCAAGCUAGUUGCUAGCAGCUUUAGCAGUAGAAGCUAGCUUAGCUUGCGGGUUAAAGAGUGUUUUCUUCUGUUUCAAUUGAAAAACAAACAUAAAAAACAUACUUUACAUAAAUAAACUUAGUGGCUUGUUGGUAACAAACUGUUGCCGUUCAUUGAAUUGGUGAUGAAUUAUUUUCAUUAUGGCAGCUCAGAGGAACGAUCUGGUUAGCCGCUUAGCUAGGAGGCUAACGGCGCCGCAGCUGCUUCUCUCCAAACAAAACUAAUCAGGAUAAAAAUAUUUCUACUUUCCUUUUCAGCUUUGAUUAUUUUCAAACUCAAAUAUUUUCUACCAGUUUCUACAGUCAUAAAACUUCAGUUUUGAUCCUUAAGAAUGAAUUAAUAAUUAGUCUUAUUUAAAGCCAGAUUACUUUAUGCUCUUCUUCAUUCAUUAUUCAGAUUUUGUGAUGAAAAGACAUUAUUACACUUUAACAAAACUAAUGAAAAUCUCUCCACUGAUUUAAUUUCUUUAAGAACAUUAAAUUAUUCUUAUGUAUUUAGAUUCAGUUCAGUUAUCAGGAAAAUGUUAUUUUAAAAAAAGGAAAUCAAAAUCAUGGCUGUUUAGUCACAAAUCAGAGCUAAAAAAAGACUUCAGAGGAAACGCUGUGAUUUGACUAGGACCUGUUAUCUGUCGGAUUUUAUUAGUUGCUGGUUCAGAGUUCAGAACUAAAUUUAAUAUUUAAUACGAUUUCACUCAUACUAGUGAAUUUAAUGCGCAGUUUAAUGAAAGUUUAUUUCUGAUUUGAACAUUUAUUUACAUUUUACUUUUAUAAUUCAUGAAAAUCCUCCCAGUAAAUGAUUUAAACACAAGUACAAAACACAGAAUCUGGGAAAUGAAACACUUUUAAAAUGAAUAAAGAUCUAUUUAGUAGAUUUCUGUCCCUCAGCAGCUGUUUGCUGUGAACUGGCAGGAAGUGAUGUCAUGGAUCUGACUCAGGAUCAGAUUGUUUUAGAGCGGCGUCGUCAGAUUUGUUUUCCUACGAUUCAUGACGCUGCAGUUUUACUGUUUAUGUGGAAACUGCAGCAGGAUGCAUUUAUUAUCGUUAUGAUUUAGAUUGUUUGAUCGUUGGUGUGAUGCUAAGGUUUAGAACAACAUAUCAGAAAUAUAAAGCAGCUGUAUUCAUAGUAAUAACAAAAUGCAACAACUGUAAAAAACUCAAAUGUUCAGCAGUUUUUUAUUUGAAUCUGAAAUACGAGGCAGAGCAGCUGAAACAUGAGAGCCAGGAAUCGGCUCCGAUCUCGUUUUACCAUAAACACGUUUUAUUUUCGUCGGUGGAACAUUUUUAUUAGUUGCUGCGGUUUCUGGGGUCCGUUCAGUUUAACCCUUUAACACCCAAAGAUUCACAAACAUUCAGCUUUUCUCUGUAAGCUUAAUUUAAAAUUAUUAAGCAUUUUGUACAAAUGUUGCACCAAAAUGACAGAUGUACAUUUUAUGAUACGGUGAAUCACAGCUUCCAUGUUUUCAUGGUGGAGAUGGCCAGCGGGGUUCAGUGCUGGGAUGUUAAACUGAAGUGAUUUUGUGGUCAGUGGAAAUAUUCUGCAGAUGAAGAAACUUGAGACUUUUGUUCAGGGAAAACAAGCAGUUUCGGCCUAAAACCUAGAAAACAGAACCAUAAGCAGGAAGUAAAUGGUGAUUUAGUUUCGGCUGUGAAUGCAGACUCAGCGUCACUUUCGUCAGACUCGCUCCCCAACACGACUGUCUGUUCGCUCACGUUGGUCCCAAAGCUCUGGGACGGAGUCGCUGUCAGGAAACACCGGCUUUGUCUGGACAGACUAAAGUUCUGUCUGCGGAGCAUCAGGAUGAUGCAGCGACUGGCCAGCAGGGGUCAGCAGAGGUCGUCCUUCAGCCGUCGUCUGGACGCGCUAGCUUCACGCUAAACAUAGCAACCUUCCAGCUGUUGCUGCGUCUCCAUGGAAACACGGCUUGAGUUCAGUUUCCUCCUGGUUAACACGCGAACAUCCAGAUCUCUCCUGUUCGAUGGGGACCAACAUGUUUCUACCAGUUGCCUCAUUGGCCCCAAACUCCACUGAUGUGAGAGAGAAACUUUGCCCACCCAGUGAUUUUCCUAAAGGUCUCCGUUAUCCACACUAGAAACACCAUCGGUGGGUCAUCACCUCCUUCUGGUAAUAAAUAGUUGGUUGACUUUAAUCCUGUUUUCUGCUGGUCCUGGUGAAACAGGACCAGCAGGAUCCAGAUCUGCUUCAGUCAGACGCCUUCAACUCCACAGGUAAAUGUAGGUCAUCUGAUUCCCUGAACGUCUCCUUUAGCAGUGAGCAGCAUCACUAGGUCUCUGUUGGGUGGGUCAACCCCAACCCCAACCUCAACCCCAACCUCAACCCUAACCCUAACCCCAACCCCCCAGAUCACUUUAGUCUUUUCACAAACCAGAGCUGGGAGAAUAUGUCAUCGUUUGGGAUGGGAAAGUGGCGAGAAGCUAAACGGGCGUCUUAGAGAUGAAUGGUCAGUGACCAGCGGUCAGUGACCAGCGGUCAGGUGACCAGCGGUCAGGUGACCAGCCCAGGCUCACCCCGAUCCUGAUCCUUCUGCAGGUUUAAUAAAAUCCAGCCGAUUAAUUAAUGAGAGAAAAUAAACGUUAGAGGUUGAUGGUAAACCGUUGGGUCAUGAAGUUCAAACUACUUUACAUGACUCAGUUGUUAUAAACAUGCUGCAUGUCAAAUAUGACUGAAAACAUUCAACUUUAUAAUUCAGCAUCUUGAAACUGGGUCUGUGUCUUUAAGAAGCUCCUGCUCUUUCUGAGGCUCCGCCUCCAGGAAGUCAUCCCAACAUGGCUGCUCUAUUAACCCUUUAAUGUUUGUACCAGUGCUGCUCUGAGAACCUGAUGCAGCUCCAGCUUCUGGCAAGUCUGAAGGGGGAGGAGCUGCGCCUCGGAGGCGGGGCUAGGCCCAUCCAGGUGUUUUAAACAGCUGAAUGGUUGCCAUGGAGAUGAAAGGAUUUCUGAAACAUAAAUGAAUCAAAGCGACGCUGCAGGUUACAACAUUAUAACAUGAUAUAAAAAUAAAACAGUGGAUUUGACGCGACACCGGCCCUUUAAAUGUUCCCGGCUCAGCGUCCAGACAGUGAUGUCACAUAAACAAAGUCUGAGUCAUUCAUCAACACCUCUUCAGUUUAUUGUUUCACAGAAAUCGGUGCGGUGAUGAAAUCCUGUCAUUGUGAGUCCUCUCCGCGUUGAGUCAUCAAUAAAGCAGGUCAAAGGUCGCAGCGGCUGACUUGUGUUGAGCGCUGCGUCCUCCUGAACGGCCGCAAAGUGAAAUCCUGA